AUGAGUGUUAUUGCUGAAAUACAACUAGAUGCUAAAGGCCUUGGUGAAACCAUUAAGGAGGGUAAUAAAGCAACAAUCCAAGAUAAGGAAAAGGCCAUGAUAUUUCUUCGAUAUCACCUCCAUGAAGGACUCAAAAAUAAAUAUUUAACUGUGAAAGAUCCACAAGUCCUUUGGAGUAAUCUAAAGGAAAGGUAUGACCACCAAAAAACAGUGAUACUACCUAGAGCUCGUUAUGAUUGGUUGAAUUUAAUAUUGCAAGAUUUUAAAUCUGUUAGUGAAUAUAACUCAGCUAUGUUUAAAAUAACUUCUCACUUGAAAUUAUGUGGAGAAAAUAUUACUGAUGCAGAAAUGCUUGAAAAGACAUACUCUACUUUCCAUGCAAAUAAUAUUGUCCUACAGACACAAUAUAGAGAAAAAGAGAAUGUGACAACCCAUAACGGGAAAGAAACUAAAAACAAAUACCAUUCCAGUAGUAGUGGUCGAGGUAGAGGUCGUGGUCACGGUCGUGGCCAAUGGCGUGGUCGCGAUCGUGGUUUUAGUGGAUAUGGUAAAGGUCGUGGAGGUCAUUACACAAAUUCUCAUUCCCACCAGAAGUGGGAACAUAGGGAUGAUAAAGAGAAAAAUGAGACCAAUAUAUGUUACAGUUGUGGAGGAAAAGGUCAUUGGUCUCGGGUUUGUAGAACUCCAAAGCAUCUUGUUGAACUUUAUCAAGAAUCAUUGAAGAAAGGAAAGAAAGUUGAGGAAAACCUUGUUGUUGAAUAA